UACGCAUAAUAUAAUUGUUAAUAAAUUUUGUUACAUAAAAACACAAAAAAUACAAUUAGAGUAAAUAAAUACCAUCAUCCAAAAACUACCUUAAUAGGCCCAACAAAAAUACCAUUAUCAUACGGAAAAUGGCAGCGAAUUUACGUAAAAGCCAAAAUCUUGUGGGGAAUCUGCAUAAAUGUUUCGCCACGGCGGCCAACGUGAAAAAAUCGGCGCCCAUAAAAAGCAAGACGCUUGCUGCUGUUGGAGAAUCAAUUGCCGCAAAGGGGUUUCUGCGGCCUCACAAGCCCUAUGCUCCCCCCAGCAAUGCAGCGGAUCGUGUACGCUCCGUGGCCAGCUCGCUGCAGUUGACCAGUGACAAUCGAAAGCUGGACAAUCUCUCCGAGAAGUUUCAAUUUCUAUCCGCAUGCUUUCAGGAACUGCAGCACGGAGUUCCAAACUCCCAGGUCCAUGAAAUCUGCACCGUUGCCGAUGUGAUAGCAUUUUACGAGACUCCUGUCGACACGACUGCGCCUUUGGAUGCUCUUAGGCGCACAGAUCUUCCUGAGAAUUUGCACAUACAGUACGAAUAUUUGCGUUUCAACCCCGAGACGGAUACCAAAUUUAAUGGAAAGACAGCGUUCCCGAAGAGCUCCACUCUGGUGACGGGUCUGAAAUACCGUGGCAAGUACGAAGGGCAUGAAGCCAAGCGGUCUUGGCCUUAGAAGAUAUUUUUUAGAGCUCGUUAGUUCGCGUAUAUUUUAUUAGUGUAUAAUAAAGUAUAUAAUAAUAAAGUUUGAGAAUCUAUAAUAA